CCUCCGAUGCUUCCUAACCUCUCACUCGUUUAUUGUGGUGCAUACACAGACUCGAAAGGCAGAAUAUGACGUUGUACCAGCGCUCCGUGUCCCGAUGAUGAUGACGCCUCCCCGGGAAUCACCGGUCUCGUGAAAACGUCGGGAUUCUGUCGUGAAUUUGGCCGCCGGCUCCAGCGCAACCGAUGGAGGCUGGCAGCGAGAUGUUGACGCGCGCGAGUCAGCCGCACACCAAUCUCUGCCGUGUCUGCCUGAUCGCGGACCACAACAAUCGAUGCAUCUUCCGCAGGAACUGGGACGAGCCGGAGGACCCCGGCAAUUCCGAACUGUCGACGAAGCUGUUCGUGUGCGGCGGCGUGGAGGUGCUGGAGGACGACGGUUUGCCCACCAGUAUUUGCCUCGAGUGCUUGACCAAGGUCAACAUCGCCUACAAACUGAGGCAACAAUGUCAGAAUGCCGACGCGAAGCUCAGAGAGCUCUACGGUAAAGCCUUAAGGAGGAAUUUCGCCGGCACCCGCGUUCCCACGAAGGACCAGUGCUGUCAGACCGAGCAAUUUUCUAUCUCCGGUGCGAUCAAGUCAGAAGACAAUACAGAACCAAGCCUGAACAACGCGAUUAACACGGAGGGGGGUAACUUAGCGGAAUCAAAGGUCGUCGCGAGACACGAACAAAUCACGGAUGUCUUUCAUCAGACCAAUUAUCCCGAGGACAUACUGACGGACAGCGAAUUAGGUCCGGAGUGUGUCAACAGGUGUAAAGAAGCGGAGCAGGAGAAGGCGGCGAAGAAGGAGGCUUACAGGACGAGAAGGAUGACCGUGUUCAAGAGAGUCACCUCUAUGGAGAAUCUGAAGAAUCACAAGGAGAUACAGAGGAGGUACAUCAAGAAGAGCGCGAGCGCGAAGCGCGAGGGCGGCGAACACGAGCAUCAGACGGGCGUGUGGAGGAACCGCCGGGCGGACCGAGCGUCCGAGCUCGACUCGUACAAGUGUCCGAAAUGUGAUAGAUUCUAUUCCAGUAAGAAGUCCCUGGAUAGACACGCGUCGACUCACAACGACAGGGAGAAGUUGAAAUGCGACGACUGUGAUAAGCAAUUCCUCGGUCUGGACAAGCUGCUCAAGCACGUGGAUCUGCACAAGACGAAGGGGACGACGAAGCCGCAGCCGGUGCAGUGCCGGAUAUGCGGCAAGAGCUUCAGGAAGACCGACACGAUGGUGAGACACCUGAACGCCCACAAGAGGGCCAAUCCCAGGGAGGUGUUCUCCAUACUGAAGGAGAUCCGGGACCGGCGGAGACUGGAGAACAGCCCGGAGACCUCGGCGAAGGAGCCCGACGACGGGGAGGAGGAGGAGAGCGCGCGGAACGAGAAGUCGAAGGUCGCGAGGAGGAAGCGCGACUACGGCCGGACGGAGCCGAGGGACUCGCCGCGCACCAGCGACUCCAGCGACGACAGCAAACGCCAACCGGACGACGACAACGGGACGUCGCGGUACCGCUGCAAACACUGCGGCAAACGCUACACCACCGAACGGUCCCUCCAACGUCACCGGCUGAUCCACGACGAGAAGAGGUUCGCCUGCGGCGUGUGCAAUAUGAAGUUCUACCGGCAGGACCGGCUGAAGAGUCACGUCGACCGGUACGGCCACGACGAGACGAAGGCGGCCGAGCCGCAGCGGCCGCCGGACGACAAGUCCGCGAUCAAGCUGAUCAACAGCUGGAUCCGCGAGGAGCUCGACUCCGACAACGAGGGCAAGGGCUUCCCCUGCAAGAUCUGCGGCAAGUCCUACGACACGAAGAAGUCCCUGUCGAAGCACCAGGCGAACGCGCACACCCGCGACGACGGGCAGCGUUGCGCGAGCUGCGCGGCCGACGAGGCGGCGUGCGGCUGCGCGCAGCGCAAGGAGAAGGCCGUCCCGACGGUGGGCAAGUCGAAGCCGUACACGUGCGAGGAGUGCCAGAAGUCCUUCGAGAAGGAGAUCAAGCUGCAGAGGCACCUGCGCAUCCACGAGCGCGCGAAGGAGCAGCAGGACGCGAACUUCAAGCGUUUCCUCUGCCACAUCUGCAGCAAGACCUUCCGGCAGAACACCGGGCUGAUGUUCCACAUGCGCACCCACACCGGCUACAAGCCCCAUGUCUGCAAGUACUGCGGCCGCGGCUUCACCUCCAACUCGAACUGCAUCAAUCACGAGCGCACGCACACCGGCGACCGGCCGUUCGUCUGCCACUUCUGCAGCGCCGCGUUCGCCAAGUCGUGCACCCUCAAGGCCCACAUCACCACGCACACCGGCGAGGCGAACUACCACUGCAAGACCUGCGGCAAGUCCUUCCGCCGGCUCAAGUACCUCAAGGAACACCGGUUCACCCACACCGGCGAGAAGCCGUACGCCUGCAAGAUAUGCGGCACUGCUUACAGCCAUUCCGGCAGCCUGUUCGUGCACGAGAAGAAGUGCAAGGCCCAGUACAGCGGGUACCAUCAGCAGCCGACCGGCUGCCCGUACAACGACAGCCCGCAGUCCUCGCAGAACGUCGUCGUCUCCGCCGCGUCCUCCCCCACGCUCAUCGGGCCCAUCGGCCUGCCGCACCUGAACGUCAUCAACAGCGCGUUAAGCGUGCAGACCGGCAAGAGCUAUGCGGUGGACAACGCCCAGCGGAUGAACCUCCCGACCGCCGGGCUGCACUCCAACGCCGGCGACAUCGGCGAGAUCGGUCCCAGCGUGCGGAACUUCGCCAUCAUCGGCCAGAUGUUUCACUCGUAGGGAGCGCCGCGAGGGGACCGCGAGACUUUCACUGUGAUACACGCUCACACGUACACACAUAUACGCAUUUUUUCAUACCUCUUCUUUUAUGUGUCGCUUCUUCGGAGACGUCGCGAUACCUUGCUUUUCUAUUCUUCCCUUUUCUCUUCUUCUUGUAAUCAUCUCGCUGCGGCACGUUUUGUAUUAUACAUUAUCGCACAAUGCGUGGGGGCAAAUGGGUGUAUGAGAAAUGUAUAUUUAUAUUUUACGAUUACUUUAUACAUAUAUAUAGAGAGAGAGAGAAAGAGAGAGAAAGAAAGGAGUUCUAGAAUGAAUAGAAUUUUUACUGGAAGACUUUUUUUAAUCGUUUGUUAUCGCUGUAUAUAUAAUUCGUGUAAUCAUGAUA